CAACACUUACUGUGCAUGACGGCGCACAAAAAAUAUUGCUGAGAUCAGAGCAGAAAGCUUGUGUUAUAAGAAGCAGCUCCAGUCAACAAUUCACUUAUACUCUUGUGCGAACCAAAUAGCUGUUUAUAUCACUUUGAAUUGAAGGGAAAUUUCGUUAUCGACGAGAAGAUGGCACUUUCAGUGAAGGCCUACAUCAACCCUGACACAAACCAACAAGAAAUUCGACGCUUUGCGAUCGACGAAGGUGCCUCGGCAAACUUUGGCUAUUUGAGGCAGAAAAUAGAGCAAGUCUUUCCCUCUGUCAGGGGGAAGGCGUUUAAAUUGUUUUGGAAAGAUGCAGAUAACGAGAUGAUAACAUUUUCGAGCGAUGAAGAGCUGGUUGAAGCCUUAGGAAGCUUUAACGGGGAUGUCUUUCGUGUGUAUGUGAAAGAUCUAAACGACGAACAAGAUGCGACUCGGUUUGUUGCAGAUGAAACAGAGGACCCAGACCUAACUGGCCAAGCUCAUCCUGGUGUGGUCUGUGACACUUGUGACAAGCACAUUCAUGGAAUCCGCUUUAAGUGCGUAGUGUGUCCAAACUAUGACCUCUGCAUGACCUGCGAGACCAAAGGGAUGCAUAAGGAACAUGAGAUGCUGCGCAUUGCCACCCCAAGAACUGCUGACAACAAUUGGUUCCAUGGCUUCAAUCCAUUUGCUUUUGGACAUCAUCCACACCACCCCCCACAUGGCCCGUCACCACACCACCCUCCACAUGGACCACCACCUCAUGGAAUCCCACCCUUUCACUUUGACUUUGGACAUGGAUUUGGCCCAUGGGGGAGAGGAGGGCGUGGUCGUAGGGGAGGAGGCCGUGGUGGUCGCUGCCCUAAAGCUAAACGGUGCAACAGUGGAGGAAAGAAGUGUGAUCGUCAUGCAGCAGCACAGUCCAAUCCAGGUGAAGUUCCUGUAGGGCCACCAUUUCUUCAUGCUGUGGGAGAAAGUAUUGCCUCAUUCCUGGGUCCAUUUGGGGUAGAAGUACACACAUAUGCUAGCAAUGAACCAGAUUGUUGUCAAGGCAGAUGUCAGGAGACUGAAAGCUCAGAAGACACUGCACAGGCUGGUCCUUCAGGCGAGCCCACAGGGUCACCAGCAAAUGAUGCUAUGGAAGAAAGUGCCCCAGAGACAAGUUAUGGAGAAACUUCAGAAAUGGAUGUCCAACCCCCUGAGGAAUUUGUUUUGGUUGAUGAGGAGAAGACUGCAGAGCCUCAGCAGGGUGAAGCCUCAGGGACUGCUGCUGAUGAAGAGCCAACUGACCCGCUGGAGGUGGCCAUAGCAAAGAUGCGUGCAAUGGGAUUUGAAGAUGACAGUGGCUGGUUGAAGCAGCUGAUUACUGCCAAGGAAUAUGACUUGAACAAAGUUCUUGAUGCCAUGCAGUUUGAAGGAAAGCACUGAUGUGUGCAUCUUUUAAUGCAUCUUGCUCAAUAUUAAUCCUGCUAAAAUAGAAAGUUUUGAUUUAAUGUUUCAUUGGUGCUGAGUGGUGUUUGUUGUAAAUUAUGUUUUUCAGGGUUUUAAGUUACUGUUAAAAAGAACUGUCAUUUUAAAUGGAAAUGUCAACUAAGUCUGACUCUUAAAGGAGGUCACUCCAAAAACUUUACUUUUUUUGUCUUUGCCUAUAGCAAAUAAACAUUAAGCUUCUCCACUCACCAAAGUUUUAGCCUCUGAAGUGCCCACUAUCCUGAUGAAAUUUGUCUCGAAAGAAGUGACUUUGGAGCUGCCAUUUUGAAACUAUCUUGGCAGCCAAGUCGUGUUUAUGCGACGUCAUUCUGUCCAACUCGAAAUUGGCGGGAAGGAGAAAAACCUGCAACUGACUUGGCAUCCUUCACAAGGUCAGCAAACUCUAUUUUUCCCAAGCAAUUAUUCACUUCAUUAUAUUCAAUGCUAUUACUUUAGAACUUGGAGCAUGUUUGGCACAAAAUAAUAUGGCUCAAGAGCAGCCAUAACCCAGAGUGGUAGUAAAAAGACUUGUCGGAAGCCAUUUGGACAAAAUCUUUUGGACGGAAUGACGUCACGAAAACGCGGCCUGGCUGCUGAGUAAUGUUCAAAAUGGUGGCAAUGAUGUUCGAAUUUUAGACUUGGAGACAACUUUCAUAAGGAAAACCUGUGCUUUUGAGGCUGAAACUUUGGUGAGUGGCCGAACUUAGAGCAAGGUUUUCAUUAACAUUGACAAAAAAUAUACGUUUUUUGGAGAGACCUUCUCCUUUAAGGCUUACUAAGAUUCCUGAAAACCGCAAUCUCUAAGAAGAAAAAUACCAUCAGUCUUGAGAGCCCAAGUUUGGAGCUCAACAAGACAUUUCAUUAUUGUGAGUCAUUCCUGUAUUCUGUCAGGUGUUAAGGGUUUGGUUGUCAUUGGGUAAAUGUUGUUUGGUUUGGUUAGUGAAAGUUGUGGAGGGUGUAGAAGUGUUAUUAUUUUAAUUGCAAUAUUAGCAGCAAUAUGUGUGAAAUUUAUGUGUGUAGUAGCUUUGCUUGUGAGCAAUUGAUGCAAAAUUAAUUAAAAGCUCUUAUGGAGAGACGUAA